AUGGAUAGUGCCGGGAAACGUGAAACUCGUCCACCCGAUCGACUGCUCGACGCUCUAUUGAACUCUAACAAGAUCAAAACAGUUCCCGUAACCAUGACCACUACGGUCACUACUUCGAACCCACCUACGAUAACCACGACAGCUCCGUCAAUGCCUGGUAACCCUUCAGCCAAUCAUCAAUCCAAAACAACAUCCUCAGAAAAACCUGGAUCGGAUCCGGGUGUUCAGGCGAUGCUCAGGCAGGUGAUGACCGACCUUGCCAAAAACCAUGCCCAGACUACAGCAAAAAUUGAGAAACUACAUCUAGGAACCGAAGAAAAAUUUACUCAGUGUCUUAAUCAAUACCACCUAACAGAUACUCGACUGGCAAAAUUAGAAGACGACAACGUAGAACUCAGAGCUCAAGGUCUCCAACAAGCCACUACCAACAGUAAUGUGUCCGGUCGACUUACCACACUCGAAGAUGAUAUUGUACACAUGAGAAAUGACGUAUCCCGGCUAGUUGAUCAAUAUCGAGUAUCCAACAAUCCGGAUUUAUCACAUAUUCUGAAACCGACACCUCUGUCAUCCACCUCAGCUGAAAAUUGUUCAGUCAAUUAUAACACAUCAUCGAUACCUCCGGCGUUUCCAUCGAUAAACCAACCAGCUGGUAAUUUGACGAUGUUUGAUUCAGCGCGAUCAUCUUUUCUUGGGCCUCAAGAACGUUUUCAAGAUGCCGUGGCUGAAUUUUCCGGACAAAUUAAAGUUCUUCAUCCAGAAAAGUUUAUCGCGCAAGUUGACGCCUAUUUCGAAAGUGUAUUCGUAUCACCUGCUCAGCAACUCAUAUCUGCUCAACGUCGCUUAGUCGGAGAUGCGCAAGUCUGGUAUGAAUCACUGAUCCCAUCGCCCCGAACGUAUGCUGAAUUCCGUCUAUCUUUCCGCCAACAUUUUUGGUCUUCAGCCACCCAACGUAAGGCCCGAAAUGAAGUCUUCCGCCCCUAUCAGUAUACCCGAUACGAUGGUUUAGCCACCCAUGCUAUGAAAUGGAUUGCUGGGGCAAAGUAUCUAUCUCCGCCUAUUGAACAAGCUGACCUUGUGUCUACCAUCAUCCAACAUUACCCCACGCCACUAGGAAUGGCUAUCCGUGGUCGAGGCCCUCGUGAUACAAACGAGUUGCUAUCGGUGUUAAAAGAAUUUGAGGAGUCUGCCUCAUUUUGUGAACGACGUCGUGAGGAAAACAAUACCCGACCACCCUUUCAACACCAGGCCGAUGUAAAUCAACAGCCCCGGAACAAUUUCCGACGAGACAAUAAUAACAGGUAUCAACCUCGUGCACCGGUUCAGGAAAGUGCCGUACCUCGACCAGUGACCCAGAUUAAUGUCUCGGGAAACGCCGACGAGGCUCGUGCGUAA